GUCAACGAUCUCCGGCAUUCAUAUUACAUCUUUGUGGCGAGAUGCAUGCACAUACGUGGGGUGUCGUUCCACGUCCAGGCUGGCUAUUUCAUUGAUCUGGAAGUCUCACGAGACGCGCGUCGAUCUUCAGGAGCUACAGAAGACCGGCAAGCAAGUUGCUUUGCAACGAAACGCCUUCCCAAACCCUCCAACAUAUGGCUAGCAAGCAGGCUGCAUGUCUCAACUGCCGAAAAAGCAAGAUCAGAUGCAAGAGAGACCCUGGAGCCCCGGUGUGCGAGAAAUGCACACAAACGGGCGUGGAAUGCGUCAUUCCUAGCUUCCACAUCGGAAGGCAGAAGGGCGUCAAGAACAAGCGAACUGGACUAGAAAAAGCCAUAUUUCAGAUUGAAGAAGCUCUUAGGAAAUCCAAAUCAGACCCAUCGUCGAGCGAGGGCACUGUGGAACACUUGCAACAGCUCCUCAGCCAGGCGCGUGGUGGGAGCAAUGAGCCGUUUCACAUUUCGCCAGCAUCGUCGGCCGGUGCCCUUCCAGUCAUCGAGAGAGAUGGAGCGGGCCCAUCCACGGACGAGCACCUAGCAUUGGAUGAUGCAGAGAAUCCUCUUCAGCUGCUCGCAAGAGCAUCGGAUCUUCGGUUGACCUCCCCGCACUCAGGAGAUAUUGGCGCUUCCACCCCUUCAAGUAGGACCUUUGCAAGCGACAGAGGGGACAAGUCUGACGUUCACCGAUUCUUUCUACCCGUCAAAGCGAACUUAGACCAGGGCCCCGAUUUAGAUCCGAUUGACCUUGGGCUGGUGACCAUGGAAGAAGCAGAAAUGCUCAUUUCAUUUUAUCACGAGAAGCUAGCCCAUACCCGGUGGGGCACCGAUACAACCGUACAUACUCUUCCAUUCGUUCGAAAUCGGUCGUCAUUUCUCUUCACAUCCCUCCUCCUGUCGUCUGCCCUAUUCAUGCCUACCGCUGCAGCACUUUGCAAAAGGCUCCUCAUACACCGGAAGUUCCUCGCAGAGCAAGUCAUCGCUCGCCGAUUUCGCUCUGUCGAGAUAGUCCUAGCGUUCAUGGUCAAUGUUCCCUGGAUGCACCCCGGCGCGCAUGCUAGCGACGACGAUACGGGUCUGUACAUUUCAACAGCUAUAAGCAUUGCACUAGACUUGUAUUUAAACAAGAUUCUUGUGCCGUCUCGGACAUUCGCUCGCGAUCUGCUCAAACGGGUACCACGAGCCGACUGCCUCGAUGCAAAGAAGGCACUGGCCAUGGACGGGUUCGAAGACAUUGACACCGAGUCUGACUGGGGGCAGAGAUUGCUUCGUCGAAGAGAAAGAGUAUGGAUUUCAUUGUUCGUAUUGGACCGCGGCGUUUGCCUUGCUCGGGGUCGCAAUUACUGCGUUCCCAUUACCCCCCUGGUCAGGCACUGCGACAGUUGGCAUGUCAGCAACGGGACAUCCGAUGUUCAGGAUGGGCCCCUUGUUUCGAUGGCUGUGCUUCGACGAGACCUAGACGAUCUCUUCAACGCUGUCCGUUCGAGGUGCGACAGCUACAGGGUGAUCGACGUCGGUUCUAAGGUUGCGGAAGAAAUCGACGCGACCAUAGAGAGCUUCUUCGGUAGAUGGCUUGCCACUUGGACCGCUUCCAUCGGCGAAGGCGAACACAAAGCUCUGCCGCCGUACGUUGAAAUCCUCGUCACGCAUACCCGGCUCUCUGCUUACGGCGGCGUCAUCAACCACCCGACUGCGCCUCUCGAAGUCAAGCGACUGUUCCGCGCCUCGGCACUGUCCUCCGCCCUUAAUGUCAUGCGCGCAGCGAUCCAGGGCGAAGCUCGCUUGAAGUCAAUGCCGAACAACACCGUGACUAUGAUCUGCUUUGCGGCUUGCGUCGCUCUGAAUCUGAGCACUCCAACCCCCGGCGCGAAUCAAAACCUCGUUCCAAGCGUACGGAAUCUCAUCGAAGAGACGGCAACCGUCUUGGAGCGCGUAGGAAGCACUCCAGCUCACAGAAACGGUGCCUCAGUUAUAUACGGAAAAUACAUGCGUGAGCUCGUAAAGCAAGCGCCCGAGCUACCAAGGCACCCUCCGCCCGAACCACGCAGCUAUGUACCGCCAGCCUCGGAUCCUCCUGGCUCCUUGUUUCCUCCGGCAACGGACCUGAUAGACUCAUCAAGUCAGGUCCAACACUCCUUGGGGUCCUCGUGGGAACCACUUCAGUUUUCGGCCAUGUCUGGCAACGAGGUUAUUGAGACAGUUAUGAACGUUGGCGACUUCGAUUCUUCCCUAUUCGACUUUCCGAUGCAGGACGCUAAUAAUGCGUUCAUGUGGAUGGAUUGGAUGAAUCCUCCAGACUUUGGGUUUCAAUAGGCCCCUGGAACCAGAAGCUCCCGCUAAAAUCUGGUCGUUAUAUGAGGUUCGGCCGCAACACGAUGUCCGCGCAAAAGGAGUUGACGGCGCUUCUCCAUCCGGGGCCGGUCCGCUGAAAUUUAGCACGAAAGUUCGCGCACAUAUAUGGGUCACCGCAUAUUCGUCGAAACCCCUAACCUCACUCUCGGUACCUGAUAUGCUCCCGAAUGUUAUCCGUCACGACAUUAGCCAUCGGAGCGGCUGCUCACCAAGCACAAAGAUAACCGUACUCGAAGCGGACACA